AUGCUCGUUUGCCACAACCAUAUUGCCGGAGGAAAGAGACCGUUGGUGUCUCAGUUCAUCCCCAAUUGUGUGCCGCCGCUCACAAAGCCCGCCGAUCAGCCACCAAAUCUAGGGAUCGAUUGCCUCACGCCGCCAUUAUCCAAUGCUCCCCACCGUACCCAAUCAUUCCUCCGACCACCCAUGAUCCUCUCCAGGCUCAAACCCCUUCGCCUCCUCUCUAAUCACUUCCGCUGCCACGCCGCUUCAGCCGCCGCCGUCUCCCGCCGCGACACCGCGCUCUGGACACCCGCCCCGCUGAUUGAAGUCUCCGCCGCCGCCGAGUCGCUCUUCCACAUCGCAAUCGACGUCUCCGACUCCCCCGAACUCGCUGCGUCAUACACCACGGCCGGGCAGUAUCUACAGGUUCGCCUGCAGGAUCCGUGCAUCAGGCCUACGUUUCUCGCCAUCGCAUCGCCGCCGCCGGCCGCCGCUACGAGGGGCGUCUUUGAAUUUCUGGUCAAAUCCAUCCCCGGAUCCACGGCGGAGCUCCUUUGCCGGUUGCAGAAAGGCGAUGUUGUCGGGCUGAGUGCGGUCAUGGGCAAGGGUUUUGAUGUCGAUCGAAUAUCACCGCCGGAGAAUUAUCAGACGGUUCUUAUUUUCGCCACGGGAGCCGGAAUCAGGUGCUUGCUUGCUUUCCUUUAUUGUCUUGCCCUUAUGAGCAUAUUUGUGACCUUUAUUAUGUGUAGCCCAAUUCGAUCUUUAAUCGAGGUAGGCUUCGGUGCUGACAAGCGAGCUGAUGUGAGACUCUACUAUGGCGCCAGAAACCUUGAUAGAAUGGCAUAUCAGGAGAGAUUUAAAGACUGGGAAUCUUCCGGGGUCAAUAUUGUGCCAGUCCUAUCACAACCAGAUGAAAGUUGGAAAGGAGAAAGAGGGUUUGUUCAGGCUGCAUUUGCUCGAGCUAAAAAAAUCUUGAGCUCUCAGUCUACUGGUGCUGUGCUUUGUGGGCACAGACAGAUGGCAGAGGAGGUAACUUCUAUUCUUGUAUCUGACGCUGCUGCUGUUGCUGUUCUGUUCGUCGUUAGAGCCAAAAGAAUGGCUUUUCGCUCGUCCAGAAUAUGGCCUUUUGACAAUAGCCCAACAUGGAAUCGCCAUUAG